UUAUUCCUGGAAGGCAGAGCGUUCAUGCGUGCGCAAACCCCGGGGACCCCCCUUCUUUCGCCCUGGCUCCGAAUCGGGACAGUAAGUGGGUGUUUUAGGAGACGCGGACCGGCAGUUCGCUCCCUCCCAGCGCGCUCAAGCUUCCGCGCCAGCCACCUCUCUUUUCCCUCCUCCCUCUGGUCAGGGCCGGCCCGGCCCGGCCUUGGUUGGAGAGGAGAUUAUGCCAUCCCCACGCCGGCGACCCCUCCUCUCCUUCCUGUUGGGAUCCAGGAGGAGCUUUUAAGGGCAGUCUCCUUUAAGAUUUCUCCGAGGAGGCUGACUCGAGAGGAGGAGUUAACGGGAGAUCUGCAGAUGUACAUUCUCGAGUGGAGGAGAGAAGGAAAAAGCACCAGAAGCGGAGAGGCUGGAGCGCAGGGAAGUGGCGGCCCAGCAUCCAAGGCCUUGGCGGCAGCAGAAAAAGGAGGAGCAACAGCAGCAGCAGAAGAAAAAAAAAAGACAACACAACACACAGGCACACACGAACCCACACACACUGGAGCAGCGGCGGCGGCUGCUUGCCGCUGGGCGAACCAAGCGUCUCGCAGGAGUCGCACCUCGGCUUGCGCGCCCAGACGGGACAAGCGAGGAAGAUGAAGGAGAGCUGACCCUAUUAAAAGGCUGCCGCCACUCCGCGCUUGGAAGUGAAGGGUCGAGUCCCGCUUCUCCUCCUCCUCUUCCCUUCCCCCCCCCGCAUAUUCCCACCUCCGUGGGUGAACCUGCAUCCAACCGUUCCUCGCCAGCUUUGGGCUCCUCUUAUCACCAUUCUUUUUUAGCACAACAAAACAUCGCGUGUGCGCGUUCUGUUUUUGUUUGGGUCUCCGAAAAGGGGGGAAGGAGGAGGAGGGGGAGGGGGGAGAAAGCGGCGGCCGGAGACAAGGAGCUUUCUCUCUUCCUUCCCUAUUGAAGCACAUAGUCCACUAUGAUCUUACUCGCCUUCAGCACUGCAAGUCGGGGGGAUAUCGUGCAUCAGUCCGGGGUCCUCUUCUUGCAAGCCUUGCUUUGGAUUUUAUGUGCCACCGGAUGCCGAGCAGAGCAGUAUUUUAAUGUAGAGGUGUGGUUACAAAAAUACGGCUAUCUUCCAUCCGCUGACUCCAGAAUGUCCGUGUUGCGCACUGCAGAGACAAUGAAAUCUGCUAUAGCUGCCAUGCAGCAGUUCUAUGGCAUUAACAUGACAGGAAAAGUGGACAGGAACACAAUCGACUGGAUGAAGAAGCCUCGUUGUGGAGUUCCUGAUCAGAUGAGAGGCAACUCUAGAUUUAACAUUCGUCGAAAACGAUAUGCAUUAACAGGGCAGAAGUGGCAACACAAAUAUAUCACUUACAGCAUAAAGAAUGUCACUCCAAAAGUAGGAGAUGCUGAAACCCGUAAAGCUAUUCGCCGUGCCUUUGAUGUGUGGCAGAAUGUAACGCCUCUGACAUUUGAGGAAGUUCCUUAUGUAGAACUGGAGAAUGGCAAGAAAGACGUGGAUAUUACUAUAAUUUUUGCAUCAGGUUUUCAUGGAGACAGUUCUCCAUUCGAUGGGGAAGGAGGAUUUUUGGCUCAUGCUUAUUUUCCUGGGCCAGGAAUUGGAGGUGAUACUCAUUUUGACUCAGAUGAGCCAUGGACUUUGGGAAAUCCCAAUCAUGACGGAAAUGAUUUGUUUCUAGUAGCAGUUCAUGAACUGGGACAUGCCCUUGGAUUGGAGCAUUCAAACGAUCCAACUGCUAUUAUGGCUCCGUUUUACCAAUACAUGGAAACUGACAAUUUCAAACUACCUAAUGAUGAUUUGCAGGGAAUUCAAAAGAUAUAUGGUCCACCUGACAGAAUCCCACCACCAACAAGACCCUUGCCGACAGUACCUCCACAUCGUUCUGUUCCUCCAGCUGAUCCUAGAAAGAAUGAUAGGGCUAAAGCUCCUCGGCCACCCACAGGGGACAAGCCCUCCUACCCUGGUGUCAAACCCAAUAUCUGUGACGGAAAUUUCAAUACUCUAGCCAUUCUCCGCCAUGAAAUGUUUGUUUUCAAGGAUCAGUGGUUUUGGCGAGUCAGAAAUAACAGGGUGAUGGAUGGAUACCCCAUGCAGAUUACCUACUUCUGGAGGGGACUGCCUCCAAGCAUUGAUGCAGUUUAUGAAAACAGUGAUGGAAACUUUGUUUUCUUUAAAGGUAACAAGUUCUGGAUCUUCAAAGACACCACCCUCCAGCCAGGCUAUCCUCAUGAUUUGAUAUCAUUAGGAAGUGGGAUUCCUCCCCAUGGUAUUGAUUCAGCAAUUUGGUGGGAGGAUGUUGGGAAAACCUACUUCUUCAAAGGAGACAGGUAUUGGAGAUACAGUGAAGAUAUAAGAACAAUGGACACAGGUUAUCCCAAAUCAAUCACAAUCUGGAAAGGUAUCCCAGAAUCACCUCAGGGAGCCUUUGUUCACAAAGAAAAUGGCUUCACAUAUUUCUACAAAGGCAAAGAAUACUGGAAAUUCAACAAUCAAAUGCUCCGGGUGGAACCGGGAUAUCCCAGAUCUAUCCUCAAGGAUUUUAUGGGCUGUGAUGGACCAGCAGACCGGGACAAAGACCGACACAGCCCUCAAGAUGAUGUAGACAUUGUCAUCAAACUGGACAACACAGCCAGCACUGUGAAAGCUAUAGCCAUUGUCAUUCCUUGCAUACUGGCCCUGUGCCUCCUUGUCUUGGUUUACACUGUGUUCCAGUUCAAGAGGAAAGGAACACCCCGCCACAUACUUUACUGCAAACGCUCUAUGCAAGAGUGGGUGUGAUGUAGGGAUAUUUUUUUCUUCUUCUUUUCUCCCAGGAAUAGUGGUAACAUGAAAUCCAACAAAAGAGCUGUUACGGAGUUUCCUACUAAGGAGCAGGCCUGUGUCUGUCUCAGCCAGGGAUGAUCUUUAAAAUCCAGGGGGCUGCUUGUCCUGCACAAGAGUGAGAAUUUUCUCCAGUAGGAAGCUUCAGUCGUACACAGUACCUGCCGUAUCUCCAGUUCUUCGUCUGUCUUUGUCAUUCAGUUCCAGCCUUUCCUCUGCACGCUCAGUAUACCCAAUGCAAAACAAUCAGGAUAUUCAUAAAAAAGAACAACAUGAAAAAAGAAGAAUCUCUGGCAUCCCAGUUGGGUCUUUUUCUUUCUUUCUUUCUUUCUCUUUCUUUCUUUCUUUCUUCUUUCUUUCUUUCUUUCUUUUUCUCUUUGAAAAUUUUUUGUGUGAGGUUAAAAAAAGAAAAGAACAGAAAACAUAUAAGCAUUUUUUUAAAAGAGAAAAGAUAGAAUAACUAAAACACAACAAUCACAAUGGAACUUUCAGGAAGUGUGAAGAUCCAAAACAGCUUUGUCUCCAAAGAGGAUUGCUUUCUGUCAGCUACAGAUAUAGUCCUAUACUCCUACACAUAAUUUUUAACAAGUGGGAGAUCAGGAUGCAUACAGGAAUUCUGACUGUUUGGACAGCCAUUUUCCAACAAACAAGGGGCCAAAAUAUCUGCAAUAUAGUAACAGCCUUAAUAAUAUAUUCAUUUUGUGUUUUAUACAAUUGUUCAGAGCUAUGUCCUCAAAUGUUUUCACACAUUUAUAUUCAUUACUAUAUUCAGAGAGUAUCCUUUUUACUGAUUGGUUUAGAAUUUAUUGGUUUCUCGCCUGUCCACUUUUCUCUUUUCUCCAGAAUUGUAUCAGGUGAAUUGGUCCCAGGCUUUCCAUAAGCUUCUCAGAAACCUUAUUUUGAAACCAGACUAGAGAGCAGCAAAUUCCAGAAGUAAGAAUGCAAUCAAAUAAAUUAAAAGUUACUGAGAAACAUAAGACUAGUGUUAAGUUUAUAUAAUCAGUGUCUCUUUGAGAACUAUCAGACCAGUUUUCAGAGUGGAAAAUAAUAUUGAUUGAAACGGUAAUAGUACACAGAUUUUGCUUUUACUUAAAGGUAACACUCCAUGACUCAUAAAUCAGAUCUACAGAGCCUUCAAUGCCAUUGCUACCUUCUCCCAUCGCUGUUGCUUCUAGUGUGUUUCCAGGACACAGUAGGUAGUCCUGGCUGGCACAUUUUCUUAUGUUACUUCAUAGUAGCAUAAUGAAGAAGAAGUUAGAAUGGGUUUGGCAGCGGUCAAGUGGAUUUGCAGAUAAUGGAAGGCAGUUGUUAGCCCUGGGAUUGAAUCAGCUGGGUUUAUUUAUUUAUUUUUAAUUGCCAUACCUAAUGUGUAGUGACAGUUCUUCAACAUUGCCUCCUUGUCUUCAGCUGGUGCUAUGCCAAGCCAUUUUAUCAGUCUCCCACGUCUCUCUGCUGCUCUUUUUCUCCCAACACUAUUGAUCUCAUUAUUGGUAGACCCCAUGGGUCCCAUUAACAAGUAAUGAGCUUCCCUUACACUCUUGAAAAGUAGGUGUGUGAACUUUUUUUUUUAAAAUUCUGCCAGCCAACAUGGCAGGGCACUUGAUGAGUGGCAUUAUGUUCUUAUCAUGCAAGUGACCUUUUCUUUGGUACUGUGCUUGGAGGGCCAUGCAUCGUACCUUUGUGAACCGCAGUGGGUAGAAUUGAACACUUGGCUGCCGUUUGGCUGGAGACAGAUACAUAUAAUUUGCAGCAAUUCAAACACCGUCUGCUAGCAGGAGGCAAUGCCGCCUAUGGAUUACAUUGUCUCUGCUCACUAGUUUUGUGGGGCUUUUUUGUGCUGAGCUCUGUUGAUUAGAAAUGACAGCAGUAUAACUGGGAUGAAUAGAAGAGAAAGAGAUGCUGCUGGAAACAGUCCCUCUAUCAUACUACCUUCAGCUUUCAUGAAAGCGUUGGUCCUUCUCCAGCUUAAGAGCAAUAGGAAAAUAUGAUUUAAUUGUGGGACAAGACAUAACUCUUCUAUGUAACAAUUGGCUUCAUUUUUAUUUUUUAAAAAAGCUUGUCUUUUAAAGUUUUUUUAAAACACUAUUCUGCAUGAGUACAGAACUUGAUUUUGAAUAUGGACACUUAUAGGCAUAGUUAACCCUGUCAAGGAGAAGAGAAAGCAACAUCUAAUAUUGCCUGGCUCCUGUUUCAUCUUCCCUCCUCUUCACAAAAUGUGGUCAUUUGGUAUUCAUCUUAGUUCUCAAAGGAUUGGCAAGACCUCUGGCAUUUAGCUGUGCACUAAGUCACGGAAAGAACCUACCUGGCAUUAUGUCAUCUUCUGUAAUUUUAUGCUAACAGCAGUAUUAUCAUUUUCAUGUGACCUGCAGAGCAGGUUAUAUAUUAAUUUUUUUUUCCUAGAGAAAAGUCAGCAACUGACAGACCUCUUUUAUUGAUUUUAAGAGCUGCUUCUUGCAGUGACAUGUUUUUUACAGUCACUGGGCUGUGAAUUUAUGAAAAGUGUUCAGAAAGAAUGCACCCCACUAGAUAGAUACCUGACUUUUUAUGAAAGCUAGGAUUCGGGGGAAGUAGCUUUUGAUACAAUGAACAGCUUGCCUUGAACUUCAUUGAUCUGUUGAUUGUCAUUACUGAGUUAAACAUUGUCUUCUGUGAAAAAGAGAAAAACCUUCGCUGUCUGAAUUUCCUUACUGUGUACUAUUUGAUGUCUUUGCUCUUUGACCUUUAACUUGCAAACUGGCACAAGCUGAAUGGGAAAUAAGAUGUUUCCAAGCAUUUUGGAUUGGGACUACAUUUUUACAAGAAAAAAAAAAGCUUAAUGUAUGUUGUCUGAAUUCAUCAGUUCUAUUACAGAAGGGCAAAGGUUGAGAAGUCCUUCUAGCUGGAGUCUAUGCAGACAAUCUGAUCUUAUUCCUGCUUAGUUCCAACUCACUCCAUUGGGAGAGAAUUUCUCAGUGGAAUGUGCCCAGCAUUAGUAACUGGUACAAGGAGAAUGGAAAAAUUGCUAUGUAUACAUGCACUCUAAUAAUGAGCUACAGUAUACAAAUUUCUAUUUAAUUUUGAUAAAAUGUUUCAUGUGAAACCAGUCCUUUCUACAUAUGACUUGUUUUAAAUGCAUUCUAAAAUACUAAAAUACUUGAAAACAGCCAUCGUUGACAUGUAUGGUUUCAUAUAUGUGUGUGUGUAUACAAAUACACACGCAUAUACUAGGCUGAAAACAGUUUCUUACUAAUUUCCUAAUCCACAUUACCAAAUCAUUUUAUAGAGAGUGUAAGUAUAUAUGCCUAUUAUUUUUUGGUAAUGAAUAGCUGGACUGCCUUGAAUUUAUAUUUCUAUUGAGUACAGCAUGAAGAUUAGUAUGAUUCAAAUGAACAUGAUUUGGGGCUUUGUUUUUUUAUUCUGAAUCGAGGGUUUAUUUUGUAAAGAAAAGAGGCAUGUAAUACAGGAUUGCACAGACAACAUUCCCAUCAGCAUAAACAGAUUGAUGAAUGGAUGACAGAAUAAAAGAGAAAAGAAUUCCUUAGUUUAUAGCACAUAUGCAUUGCAAAUAGAGGUUUGGAAUCUCUUAAAGAUAUGAUAUACGGUAUUUUAAUGAUUGUACCACUGUGAGAUCAUUAUAUUAGCCAGUUAUAUCUAACUGAGCUGAUGGUGCACUACAUGACUUAUGUAUGGUGAACAGAUCCCAGAGUUCUCCAUUUCCUUACCCUUUCCUUUCAAAACACAUUAGUUAACUGGAAUUAUAGUUUUCUAUCAGCAAUCAGUUCUGCUACUAAGAUAGUAUUUUUUUUCUUUUGUUUCACGUUCUCUUGUGCUUAACUUCAAAAUGGAAACAUAAAUAUAUUAUGAACAUUCACAAAACUGACAGAUGGAUAACAGUCAAUAAACUUUGCAUCUUUGCAUCCAUUACUUUAAUAUAUGACAAUAGACAAUAUUUAUUCCCUUAUUCAUUUAAAUAUUUUAUUUCCCUUUCAGAUUUCCUUAAAAAGAAGGAGAAAGCGCACAGUCAUUUUUUUUUAAAUAAGGGAAAACAAAUAUUUGUUUUUGAUGGAAUUAUACAAUAGUUUUACAAAAAGUGAAUGUUGAUAAUGUAUAGUGCUAGAUAUAAUAUGAAUGCAUAAAUAUGAAAAGUUUGAGCAUACUUUGUCAUAGAAGGUAAACCUAUGUCACCAUUUCUUUUAUUUUACAAAGCAAUCAACUGAUUUUUUUCUAGCCCUCUCAUAUUGUAACCCCAGUAUUCAAAUUAAUUUUUAUCUUCACUUCCACAGACAUGUGGAUGUAAUGUAAGUUCAAUAUAAGGGUGUAAAUUUAUUGAGAAAUGGAAACCAUAUGAGAUAAAAAGCAACAUAUUACAUUCCAUUAAAAAAAAUGAUUUUAUUUUUUAAAAAAAUGCCCUGUAAGCUUUUGGUAAGAAACUCAAGAAAAUUCCAAUUUUAGAAAUAAAAAGCAGCAUUGAGUUUUGAAUAAAUCCUUUAUUUUAAAUAAAAAAUACAAAUGUUUCCUUAUAGAUGAAUCUAACUUCAUCAUAGAUACAAUAUGGACAAUGGAUAAACCAAUGUAACUUCACAACACAUAAUAUAUAGAAACCUAUUUUUAAUAAACACACCUAUGCUCAUAUUGCUCAAUCAACAUUGUAAGGUCAGCCCAUCUGCAUAGUUAGGGUGCUAUAAUUGUAAAGGGAUAAUUAGCAUGUUAUGUUUGUCAUAAACUGUAUUGAUUUAACUCUUUUAGAGAAAAACAAAUAUUUGAUAUUCGAUUAUCUGAUAUGGAAAAAAUAGGAUAUUACUCCAAAUAACAGAUUCUGAAAUCUCUGACUAAAAUUUUAAAAUCUUUUUUUUCUCCCUCUCUGUCUCUUUUUUCUCCCUCUCUUCCUCUCUCUGUCUUUUAUUUUUAAUUUUUUUUGAGACAAGUAUGGCUUAAAGAAGCAGAAGAAUGUAGUCAAAAUUUUGUGAAAACAUAUCAACUAGUUAAAUGUUGUAUUGAAACUUUCCAUAUUUAACUUGAUUAUGGAAAUAAUAGAGUAUUCAUGCCAAUUUUGCCUACUAAAACAUAUGCAAUAAGUGAAUCUAAUAAGUACAGUUUUGCUACUUAUAUAUUUGUACUAUAUAACCCAAUUCUAUACUUGUUUGUUUGCCCUCUCCUUGAGUUCAUUAGAGUUUUUACUUAUGUAUAAACUGUAAUGUGCAGAGGAUUACAUUAGUUGUAAUAGUUGUAUUCUUCAAAUCAUAUACACUAAUGGCUGUUUAGAUUUCUUUAUUUGAGGACUGAGAGGUUUAUAUUCAAUUACCUGCAUACUUUUA